CCAACAGACAACGAACAUCUUAAGUUGGCGCCGCGACAAAUCCUCCCCUUUGUCAGACAUGUUAGACGCAUUUGAGAUCCUCACGACCUCUGGUGUCGUUCUGUGGUCCCGCUGUACUUCUAGCAUCGGCGCGACCGCAGUCAACCACCUGAUCAACGAUGUCUUUAUUGAAGAGAAAGUCCGCCCAACAAUCGCGCACUCAAGUAAUCCCACCUACAAGCACGAGAAAUACACAUUGAAAUACACUCUGGUCAAAGAGCUUGGUCUUAUAUUUGUCGCUGUCUACCAAUCCCUCCUUCACCUCACGUGGGUCGACAAGCUGCUGGAUGAUGUCCGAACAAUAUUUGUCGAGGUCUACAGAGGACAGUUGGAAGAGCUGGACUAUGCUGCCCUGAAGUACCCAUUCGACAAGUACUUUGACGAGGAGAUGCGCAGACUGGACCAAAGUACAGGUGGCGCAGUCACCGCGCAGCCACCUCGCGCAGAAGUGCAGGAAGAGAAACAACUCAGUGCUGAAGGAGGAGAUACAGGAGGGCCACCACCGCCACAAUCGCUUGAUCCCCCCAAGGCGCAGCCACGAGCUGUGCCAGCUGUGAACGGAGAGUCGACACAGCCCACUCCCGUCCACACACCAGAGACCUCUCGACCAAGCACCCCUCUUCACGGCGCAGCGUCCCACUUGUUGGCAGAAAAGGCCAGGCCUGGCAGUCGAGGAUCUAGAAGGGCUCGGAAGGCGGCCAAUGCAGUUACAUCAUCUGCCAAUGCCUCCUCCGGCGAUGAAGCAAGAAGACGCACACCAAGGGCAGCCUCUGCCAAAAAGGGCAGAGUCUGGGGUCCAGAUGGAAUGGCAGACGAGGCAGAUGAUGUGACCCUUGACUACUCGGCCGUUGACGAUGGCACAACCGACGAUUCAGGUCUUCGCUCUCCGCCUACAGAGGCCAUCAGUCAGGAAAGCUGGGGAACUAAGAACAAGCAUGGUCAGUUUGUACUGAAAGAUCUAGGCGACGAAGUCGACAAUAUCUUGAGCUCUGUCGAUACAAACAAAGCGGAAACGAAUGGAACCGGUGUUUCAAGAUUUGGAGCCAUCUCUGGAUAUUUCAGAAACAUCGUCGGAGGGAAGACCCUCACCAAGGACGACCUCGAAAAGCCACUGAAGUCCAUGGAAGAACAUCUGAUCAAUAAAAAUGUGGCUCGAGAUGCUGCUGUUCGCCUGUGCCAGGGAGUAGAAGCCGAAAUGGUUGGGAAGAAGACGGGCGCAUUUGAGUCGAUAGAUGCUGCUUUGAAACCAGCCCUGGAAAACUCUCUUCGGAAGAUUCUCACACCACGGUCGUCAUUGGAUCUACUCCAGCAGAUAGAGACCGUUGCAAACCCCUCUGGAUCAAAGUCCCAGCCUCGUCCGUUUGUCAUCACCAUUCUAGGAGUGAACGGCGUGGGCAAGUCUACCAACCUGUCCAAGCUCUGCUAUUUCCUUUUGCAGAACAAUUAUCGAGUCUUGAUCGCCGCCGGCGACACCUUCAGAUCUGGUGCGGUUGAGCAACUGAAUGUUCAUGUGCGAAAUCUCAAAGAGCUCACUGAGCGCGAGAACCUCGGCGCUGUCAACAUCUACGAACGAGGAUACGGCAAGGACGCGGCCAACGUGGCGAAAGACGCGGUCGCAUUUGCUGCUGCCAAUGAUUAUCAAGUGGUCUUGAUCGACACGGCAGGCCGAGCACACACCAACACUCAACUGAUGGCGUCUCUGGAGAAGCUCGUGGACUUUGCCAGGCCUGAUUUGGUCUUGCAAGUUGCAGAGGCCCUGGUCGGAAACGACUCUGUCGGUCAAGCACAGAAUUUCACAAAAGCACUAGGCAAAGGCAGAAAACUCGACGGAUUCAUCGUGUCAAAGAUCGAUACUGUCGGAUCAGGCAUCGGUACCAUGAUCAGUCUGGUCCACGCUACUGCUGUGCCAGUGCAGUUCAUAGGUGUCGGUCAGCAUUAUGGUGACUUGAGACAGUUGUCUGUUCCUUGGGCUGUAAAUAUGUUGAUGAGCUAGUUCAUUUGCCAGUCCCGAUUAUCUAUCGUCAUCGAAGAACGGUACAUAGUACAUAGGGAACAUUGAGCCAGGCACGUCUAUUCAAGAACAAAAUUGAUGAAAUGAUACAUGAAUGAGGUCAUCACCGAGAACUUGUAGGCUCUUGAAUCUUUUUGAAGCAAACACUCGCCACACCUUGACCUUUUUGUCCCCCGAACUCGAAGACGGGGUAUUUGAUCCUAUCGUGGACAACAAACCUGGCUGUACUCGACGUACCGUCAUUGCUUGUCUGUGCACCGGUGAACCACGAAACGACUUCCUCCUCGGUCCAGUUACAACUGGUGAUCAACAGGAACCCGCUGGGUCUGACCAUGUCUAGAAUCUUGGCGGGAUAAAACUCGCACAUCCGCCUGUCCUUUCCAGUGGUGGGAUCCGUCAUGGUCGUGGAGGAGAGUGAAAUCGCAUCAAAAGUCCCCUUGUCCAACACGAGGUCGAAUCCACCUUCCGAUACUGGCCACCACGGUUUUGUCGAAGGAGUGUCGUUGACUAGGUCGAGAAUUUCAAACGUCAUGUCGUUUUCUUCUUUCUUCUCGGUAUUCGAACCUGCCAUGCUCGAGGGAGGAAAGUACUGUCUGUGCAGUUUCCUCGCGAGUUCGAUACUCCGACUUGAAUAAUCCACCCCUACCAUGCGUCCAGUGUACUCUCCCUCCAGACGCAACGCGAACAAGGCACUGCCGUUGCCCGUGCCGAGAUCCAGUACGCUGAGUUGGUGAUCUCCGUCGCCGUCUUCAUCAUCAUCUCCACCGGCAUAAUUGGGUGAUAAUGGAAAGGUUUCAGACGUCAAAAAUUCAAGAGUCUUUGCUGGAGCUCCAACGUCGUCGAACCAAGAUUCCAAGUCAGAAGGGUCUGGUAAUUCGGUUUCUUCUGUGUCGUCGUCGUCGUCGGCCGCGUCUUCGUCCACCUCUGAACUAUCUUGGUGUUGUUGAUCAAGAUCAUUCUGGUAAUAUUUGUCCCAGCUGUAAAACAAGAGACAUUGUCAUGUCAGGAUUUGAUGGUGUUGAACAAUAAGGAAGAGGGAACGUACUUACUAUUCCUUUGUUCCUAGUUCGCUUGGAUCAAGAUGUGUUGGAUGUGCCAUUUUGGUGGGGUUUCUUUCUCAAUUUCUACCGUUCCGUCGAGGUGCUAUACAAUCUCAG